AACUCUUGUGUGAACCAGACUUAGAUUAUAAAAUAUCAAUCAGUGUUACGCACAGAUUAGAAACGCAUUUGCCAUUAAAACGUGAAAACGCUUCUUUAAUCGCCUAAGCCAACAAAAUAGUUUUAACAAAGUAUUGUUACAUUAACUACGAUUGAAUUUUAUACCUUUUAACGACGAUAUUGAUUAGUGUAUUAUAAAAAAAAAUAAAUAUAUGUAACGUUAUUACAACGUAAUAUAUCUUUUUAAAUCACAAUGGAUGUGAUUCCAGUAACAUCAUCGUAUUUUUCAUUUAUGAUUUCUUCGCUGCUGGUUGUGUUUGCCACAGCACUAAUUGCAGCGUAUUAUUACAUCGAAACAUCUCGAGCUGUUCGUCUGAUAAAAAAGUUACCAUCUCCACCACAUGUACCUAUUCUUGGUCAUUCAUUAAUAACUUUAAAAGCGUCUCCCGAAGAUAUAAUAGAAAAAGGUCUUGAAUAUUAUGAGAAAUAUGGAACGGUAAUAGGUGUAUAUUUGGGAACAAAAGCAGUUGUCUUUUUAAUAGAUCCACAAGAUAUCGAAAUAAUUUUAAGUAGCUCUGUGCAUAUCGAUAAAUCUCAGGAUUAUCAAUUUUUUAAACCAUGGCUUGGAGAUGGUUUACUGAUUACAACUGGCGAUAAAUGGCGUAGACAUAGAAAAGUGAUAGCUCCCACGUUUCAUAUGAAUAUUUUGAAAACGUUUGUGCCUCUAUUUUAUGAAAACAGCAUAGACCUUGUGCAACGACUUCGCGAUCAGAUUGGAAAGGAAUUCGAUUGUCACGAUUACUUAUCAGCCGUAACGGUUGACAUUUUGACAGAAACGGCGAUGGGAGUUAGGAAGGGUGGAAAGAAAAAAACUGGAUUUGACUAUGCUAUGGCUGUGAUGAAAAUGAGUGAUAUUUUGCACAGAAGACAUUAUGACGUAUCGUUGCGGGCAGACAUACUCUUCAGAUUUUCUAAAUUUGCCAAGCUUCAAGAGAAAUUAUUAAGUAUUAUUCAUUCAUUGACAAAUAGUGUGAUUAAAGAAAAAGCAAGAGAUGUCGAAGAAAAACAUGCAAAAAAUCAGCAACAAAAAGAACCACAAAAUGAUAAAUUAAUGGAAAGUUCGGUCAUGACAAAAAAUACAGAAAGUGCUAAAAACAAUACUGCUAAUUAUAAACUACACUAUGUAAGAGAUGAUCUUGACGAUAUUGAUGAGAAUGAUAUAGGUGACAAAAAACGACUCGCCUUCUUAGAAAUGAUGUUAGAAUUAAAAAAAGUUGGGCAAAUGACUGAUGAAGAAAUUUGGGAGGAAGUGAACACUAUCAUGUUUGAGGGACAUGAUACCACGGCAGCUGGCUCGAGUUUUGCACUUUGUGCAUUAGGAAGUCAUCCAGAUAUUCAAGCUCGUGUGCAUGAAGAAUUGGACACAAUUUUUGGUGAUAGCGAUAGACAAUGUACUUUCCAAGAUACCUUGGAAAUGAAAUAUCUCGAGAGAGUUAUUCUUGAAACUCUGAGACUUUUCCCACCAGUACCUCUAAUUGCCAGGCAGCUUAAUGAAGAUGUGAAGAUAGUUACAAACAAUUAUGUUCUUCCAAAAUCAACGACAGUAUUGGUUGUACAAUUUUUGACGCAUCGUAUAGACAAAUAUUAUCCAAAUGCAACAGUUUUUAAUCCAGACAACUUCUUACCGGAAAAAAUGCAGCAAAGACAUUAUUAUGCUUACAUUCCUUUCAGUGCUGGACCAAGAUCCUGCGUGGGUCGAAAAUACGCUAUGCUAAAACUGAAGGUUUUAUUAUCGACAAUAUUGAGAAAUUAUCGUAUCACUUCUAAUAAAUCGAUCGACGAUUUUCAACUGCGAGGUGACAUUAUUCUGAAAAGACAUGAUGGAUUCAAGAUCAAAAUUGAGCCACGCAAGUCAGGUUUGAUAAAUCAGUAGAUUAGUCGGAAUUUAAUAAUUCCGGAUUCGCAUAAUACAUGAUUUAAGAAAAUAUAGUCGAUAUAUAACUUAAUAAAAAUUAUUAUUUAUUCAUUGUUUUUUUAUCUGAUAUAAUAAACUAUAACUUGCUUAACUAUAAACUUGCUCUUUUGUAAUUAUAAUAACUUUGUAUAAUAUCUAUAAUAUGCAGAUGGGAAAAUAUAUUAUAUUUAGAAUAUUAAAA